CGCCUAUUCUAAAUAGGAAAAGAAGAAGAACCCCUUUCUUCCUUUCUUUGACCUUCUUCAUAUCAACAAAUUCGUCGACUUCCCAAUUAAUUUGCAUAAAUUUUUAUAUAAAUACCAUAAUUGAUCUUCAAUAUCCAUUUGUUUUCUCCUGAUUUCAUUCAUUUCAGUGAAGAAUUUACUUUUUUUUUUCUUUUAUCAAGAACCUAGGUUUUAGAUUUUACGAAAUUGAUCUGUUUUGUCAAUCAUGGCGGUUCCGACAAUAGCACUGUACGCAAGUCCUCCAAGUAGUGUGUGCUCAACGCCGUAUCCAUGUCAGAUCAAUUCACAUGGAUCCUAUGAGUUUGAUUUAAACAGCCGUUCGUCGUCGUCGUCGACGGCCACCGUUUCGUCAUCGCAAAAGUCAAUCAUUGGCGGACUUUCUUCGCUUUUCUCUUCUUCAUCGAGCUUUUCCUCCGGUGGAGCGGAAGAUUUGACGUCGUUGAGAUGUGGGGAAGAGUUGAGCAAUUCCUUUUCGUAUUCACCUUUUGGAUCGUGUUUGAAACGGGAUCAUCUUCAUCAGAGUCCGGUGUCGGUUAUUCAAGGGCCGGGUUCGUUAAGCAGUACUCCGUCGAUGAGAUUUUCACCGGAAAGAGACGGUUCCUUUCGUGGUGGGACCAAGCGCUUGUUCAAAGGGUUUGUUACACACGCUUUAGGCUCGUAUGUCGAUUAUUCGUCGAGUUUUCGAAUGCAUGAUAAUUUGGCUGAAGAACUAACAUUUAUCAUGGAUGAUAAUAACUUGAAGGCACCAAAUCCCGAUCCUUACGCUAAAGAUAUGCUCUUGGCUGCGCAGUUAAAACACAAUAUAUUCAACGACGAAUUGGUAAUCAAAGCUUUUUAUGAAGCUGCUAAAGCGCAUAAAGGACAGAUGAGAGCGAGUGGGGAUCCUUAUUUACAACAUUGUGUCGAAACUGCUGGUUUGCUUGCCACCAUUGGUGCCAAUGCUAUGGUGGUCGCUGCAGGGCUUCUACAUGACACACUUGAUGAUUCUUUUAUGACCUAUGACUAUAUUCUUCAAACUUUUGGAGCUGGGCUUGCUGAUCUUGUUGAAGGGGUGUCCAAGUUGAGUCAAUUGAGUAAGCUUGCUCGUGAAAGCAAUACAGCAACUAAAACCAUUGAAGCAGAUCGUAUGCACACCAUGUUUCUUGCAAUGGCUGAUGCAAGAGCAGUUCUCAUUAAAUUAGCUGAUAGGUUGCACAAUAUGAUGACACUGGAUGCAUUGCCUUUAUGUAAGCAAUACAGAUUUGCAAAAGAGACUAUGGAGAUAUUUGCUCCUCUUGCAAACCGUUUGGGAAUCGUUAGAUGGAAAGAACAGUUGGAGAAUCUCUGCUUCAAAUAUAUAAACCCUGAACAAUACAAAGAUCUAUCUUCACAACUUCUAAAGUCCUUCAAUGAGGCAAUGGUCUCUUCUGCUGCUGAAAAACUUGAAAAAGCUCUUAAAGAUGAGUCCAUUUCUUACCAUGUUCUUUAUGGCAGACAUAAAAGCUUGUACAGUGUUCAUUGCAAAAUGCUAAAAAAAAAGCUGAGUAUGGAUGAAAUCCAUGACAUUCAUGGGUUAAGAUUGAUUGUGGAGAAUGUAGAGGAUUGCUAUAAAACAUUACAGCUUGUUCACAACUUAUGGUCUGAAGUUCCUGGAAAGUUCAAAGACUAUAUAGAUCACCCAAAGUGUAAUGGGUAUCGAUCUUUGCACACAGUAGUGGUGGGGGAAGGAUUAGUUCCACUUGAAGUUCAAAUCAGAACAAAAGAGAUGCAUUCACAAGCCGAGUUUGGAUUUGCAGCUCACUGGAGAUACAAAGAAGGCGAUUGCAUGCAUUCUUCCUUUGUUUUACAGAUGGUGGAAUGGGCACGUUGGGUUGUGACAUGGCACUGUGAGACAAUGAUGAAAGAUCAAUCAUGCAUUGGUUACACAGAAGCCAUGAAACCACCUUGUAAAUUCCCUUUCCAUUCUGAAGAUUGCCCGCAUUCAUAUAAACCCUCGUGUGGAUCUGAUGGACCCGUAUUUGUAAUCGUGAUUGAGAGCGAUAAGAUGUCGGUGCAAGAAUUUUGUGCGAAUUCAACGGUGAAGGAUCUUCUUGCUAGGGCUGGACACGGAAGCUACACGUGGACACCGUAUGGAUUCUCUGUGAAGCAAGAGUUGAUGCCAAAGCUGAACCAUGAGCCAGUGAGUGAUCCUAGCUGCAAGCUGAAAAUGGGGGACGUGGUGGAACUAACUCCAAAGAUACCAGACAAGUCAUUAACAGAGUACAGAGAAGAAAUUCAACGUAUGUAUGAGAGUGGAAUUUCUGUAACAAGCUCGAGGUCGAAGAGGCCAACUGCUGGUAAUGUGGUUAAUGGGUGGAGAAGUUAAUAUUAUGUUGUUGUAAAUGUAAAUAUAUUUAGGGUCAGUCUUUGUAUAAAAACAGGUGGUGUUUAUGUUUGUGAAGGAAGUAGGUUGAAAGCAGUGUUAUGUUCUUGAUAGCUAGUUCUUAUAUGUAAUAGCUAGCAGAUCUCAACAUUUUAUUUUCUUCCCCACUUCCGCUUUCUCUUGGGAAUGUGUUUUGGUAACAUCUGUAAAUCUGGGAAAGGCAAAG